GAUUUUCUGAGGACUACACCCAGGCGCUGGUCAGACCCUGAAGAAAGCGGGGACGUGACGGAGCUGGGGAACCUCCGGAGACCUGUACGACGCCGAACACACCGCUCAACCCGCCACUCCUCGCUGCCCGGGAAACGUCCGUGAUUUACUCGACCGACGCAUUUCCACCCGCCGACUUCUCCAGCGACAUGUCCUGGCAAAGCUACGUGGAUAACCUGAUGGCCGAUGGCAGCUGCCAGGACGCGGCCAUUGUUGGGUACACGGACGCCAAGUACGUCUGGGCAUCGCAUCCCGGAAGCACCUUCGAGAAGAUAACGGGUGAUGAAAUCGACAUCAUAGUAGGAAAAGACCGGGAGGGCUUCUUCACCAGUGGGCUGACCUUAGGCAAUAAGAAGUGCUCCGUCAUCAGGGACAGCCUCCAAGUCGACGGUGACUGGACAAUGGACAUCCGGACAAAGAGUCAAGGAGGGGAGCCAACAUACAACAUUUCUGUAGGCAGAGCCAGUAAAGUGUUGGUUAUAGUCAUGGGGAAGGAAGGUAUCCAUGGAGGACAGCUCAACAAGAGUGCAUUUCAAAUAGCUGAGUACCUGAGAAAGUCUGGAUACUGAGAGGCCCCGUACCCAGCCGCCUAACGCUUCAUCCCUAACACCCCCUCUCUCACACUAAGUCCUCCCUCUCUCUUCUAGUCAGUAGAACCCCCCCCCCCACCCAGUUUUCAUUUCUCUGCCCCGCCCCACCCUCACCACCUUCCUGUUGUUCCCCAGCCAUCCUGUCACUCCGUGUAGGCUGAUCCCACGCUAGCACUGUUUCUGCACCAUGGUAAGAGACGAGCAUGUUAACAGGACGUCACAAGUCUGUACUGAGACCAGCAGCACUCUGGCCAAACCAGUGGGGAAAAGCUAACAUUAAAAUUAAAAGUUUUUGUUCAACUAUUUGAAGUACUGACAUUUUUUUUUUCUUGCAAUGCUGGUGCCCGGUAAAUAAAGACCCCCCGACCCCUGACCCCAGAAUAUAAAAUGAAAAUUGAAAAAAAAAUCAGCCGAUGCCUUUGGAGUGCUAAAAGUGGUAACCGAGCUCCUAAUGUCUUCCUGUUCUAGCGUGUGUCCGGGAGGGUAGACUGCAUAUCUCUGAGCCUCCCUCUGGCCCCGCCCCUUCCUCCCCUCUGCCCCGCCCCUUCCUCCUCUGUCCCGGUCGCUCCUGCCAAACGAUCCCACACAGAUUCGACCCUCACUUCAGUCAACACCUGCCCCACCUCCCCUUCUCCCUUCAGCCUCAACGGUUUGUACCGAGUCAUUCGGGGGGGUGGGGGCAGUACUCGGAUCAGUAUCCAGUAUCUCCAGUCACAUGACUCGAGCCCAACGCGGUCAAGACGCAGGUAGAAUCUUCUCCCACCGUCACCUCUGUCCGACCUCCCCGGCUACACCAAUCCCAUGGACAUUCCAUCCUAGCAGUGGCUCAGGCGCUUAACACUAAAACUAAAAACUGUUUGCCAGCUCCUGUAAUACAUUUCCUUUUUUAUUUUUAUUUUCUUUUUGAGACGCUGCCAUUUUUGGACAGUAGUAAUCCCAGCGUAAACACCUGGAGUGUCCAGUUUGUUUUUUUUUCUUUUUCCAUAGGACCAAUCUUAGCAGCCGCCUGGGUCUUUCUACACUGUGCGUUCUGAGUAGACGUUAACGCAACACUAACUUUCUGCUUAACGCAAAACACUGACGUGAAAAUUUACUUUCCCUGGCUGAUAGUUCGACCAGCAGAAGCUGCGGGGCGGGGAGGGUUUGUGUCGGAAGGACAUCUCACAAUCAUGUCAACUGUGUUUGCAAGUUUUUGUCUUUUGUAGAGAAAAUAAAAUAACUGCAUUUGUACAAACUCGUGCUGUGUGGAGAAAUACCAAACUGUGGAAUAAAUUGCCUUGUACUCCAGCCCUCAACUGAGUUGUGGUAUUAAAAGUAAAAUGGUGUGCCCAUGCGCGGUACGUCCAGCUGAACAGAACUUCCAAACAAAACGUGUAGAAACGACACUCGAUUCAACAGAAGAUGGGAUUGGUUGGAAUAAAAGGAUGUGAUUUUUUUUUUUUUUUUUGGUUGUCUGGCGGCUUCUCCGCCAUUGAACCUGUGUCCUGUGUAUCCUGUGCCAUAAUGUAGAAAGAGAUCUGUUGCUGUUGUGAAGAGGAUUCUACCUGCUGUCCACUAAUCUCUGGCACUUUUUUUGGGGAUGUUUUUAGCCUGGGCUCCACUGUUUAGGCCUUGUGGGAUGUGUGUACUCAUGAAAACUCCUGUUUUACUUCUUUUCCCAAACCACCUUUUUAUUUUUCUUACAUCUCGAAUACAGUCUCUUAACACAUCUGAUAUCUGAUUUCAUAUGCAUCAAACGAAAAAUGCCAUAAAUUGAUUUAUCACCUUGUUUACAGACAGAUCAAAUAAAUAUAUUCCAACCAGAUGA